CUGACUGACUCACAGAUCAGGUUUAAGCGACUCACAGAAAGACAGAGAGAAGGACAAUUCUUUAAAACUUGUCAGAGAGACUUUGAAAGACUUCUUGGUGUCUUGUUUUGCUUUUCCAGUGAAACAAAUGUUUCUUCUUCAGUCCAAUAAAAAGUGAACUAUUACUCUGAAGGCACAGGGCUCGUGUUUCCGGUUACACCCCUGCGUGUGUAACUUGACGCAGUUCUCCGUCUUUCUUCGCAGCAGGUUUUCUGUCCUCGUUGCGCGCGACCGCCCAUCCGAGAACGAGCAGGCUUUCUGUCUUUGAAUCAGAAACUUGUGUGACUGCUGGGAAUGAAUGCGUGAAGCUGGAGGACUGCGAGACACAGCAGACAUGUUUGGAGCUCUGAAGACGCUCCAUUGCGGAGCAGAUGGUCAUAUUAACUGCAGUGUCAGGAUUUCUGCACCACGUUUGUCAUCACUGGAGCCAGUGAGGCCCGCACACGCUGUGCACAAACUCCUCUGUGCUUUGCGCUGCAGCGACACUCAGCUCACCGCCACCAUGUGUGUCACAGGCUGUGACAAGCAGGAGAGCGUACACUCACAGUUACUAUGGAAACAAGUAAACUAUCCAUGGGGAAGUAGAAGAAAGAAGUGUGUGGACACAAAGGCCGAGCGCGCACCUACGAAAGCAUCAUCUUUGUUGACGCACUCUGUGAUGGCACUUGCAACAAGAUCUUUUGCAAGCUGUGCGAAGACGCAGACCAAACUGAGCACCUGGACACCUCUGAGCAACCCACGGGCCAACAGCAAGGUGUUUGAAGAGAGACGAAGCCUUCUAGCAAAGUGGUUUGACAGGUGGUCUGACAGUCAGAGGAAGGCGGUGCUGCAGGACUUGGUGUUGAGCUGUUCAGUGGAGCAGCUCAGGUUCCUGAGUCUCAGUGUGAGCAGACAGCUCCCCCUGCAGGCCGCAGACUUCACCCGCCUGCUCCCCAGAGCCCUCUCCCUCUAUCUCUUCUCCUUCCUGGACCCACGCAGCCUCUGUCGAUGUGCCCAGGUGAGCUGGCAGUGGAAGAGCAUUGUGGAGCUGGACCAGCUGUGGGUGCCCAAGUGUCUGAGGCUCGGCUGGCUCCUCAGCUUCUCCCCGACACCAUUUGAGCAGGGCGUCUGGAAGAGACACUACAUCCAGACAGUCCAGGAGCUGCGGCUGAGCCUCCUGCAGAGUGCUUCAUCACAGCAGCAGUUUGUGGUUCCAGAUAUCGCAGCAGCAAGCCAUGGUCACAAAGAGCUGUCAGAAAUAGCCGCCAUCAGGUUGGAGGAGUGUCCAGCAUCCACCAAGCAGCAACCUGGAAGCAGCUCCAGCACAAGAUUGAGAAAGGAGAAGCAGCCAGGUGCAGCCCCACCAUGGAGAGACUCUGACAGACGUCCCAAAGACACACUGCGCUUCAACUACCUGGACAAUCUGGACCCCAUCGAACAGGGGCUGAGAGCGCAGAUGAGAAACAGCGCCUCCACCUGCUGCACUAACACAUCAAAGGCGGAUGAUGGGAAAAAGAAAACACUCUCUGAAGCAAAUUAUAAACUACGCAAAGCCAAAUCGCUGAUGUUCCUCAGCUCCAGCAGCAGACCCCACCGUCUUCCUCAUGAUCAGACACAAACUCACCCCACGUGGACAUCGCACAGUAUCACUGAUCAACUCGUCAUUGCGGAGGCUGCUGAGAGCCUGCUCCACUUAUCCCAGUGGAACGCCGGGAUCCGUCCGAAGCCGGCGAGGACGCCGGUGCCUCGGGUGAGCGUGGAAGCGCUCAGGGCGUUCCAGCGUUCACACAGGAGCGUUCCCAGUACACCCCUGUUUGAGGUUCAGCCCUGGACUGCGUCUGCCUCACAUUUGCAAGAGAAGAAGUAGACCGCCCCCUCCUGGAGGAAAACGGAAGUACAGUCUGCAACCUCAAGACCUGGAGCUCGAAUCUUUCUGCACAUGCAGUGUGCAACCCUGACUAGAUGUAGACAGAUGGAUGAUUAAGACAAAUAUUUGACAUUUAAUUCCAUAAGAGAAAUGACAAAGAGACAAUGUCAGCUUUUUCUAGACAGUAAUUCAAAUGUAUUUCAGCAUUAGUACUGUGUUAUCAGCCUCACUGUGUUAACAGACGGGAUGGGCAAAUUAACUUUUUGAUCAGACUCAUCAUAAAUGUAGUUUCUGGGUCAAAAAGGUGACAAAUGUGGAAUUGCCUUAAACUUGCACUACCAAAAAUUGAGUCUAUACGCACUUGAUUUGUUACAACAAUUAAUACUUUCCUGAUGAUUUUAUGACUCCAGCAGCUCUUUGGGCUCUCAUAAUAAUGGACACCAAGAAUAUUUAAAGUCUACUUUCUGCUAGCCCAGAUCAGCAAAUUAGAAAUGCACCAUGCUAAUGAGACUAGCUACUUAGUGGUAAAGUUAACUCAUUAGCUCACACGUUUGUCCAAAUAUUUACCCAAAUUUAAAAACGACAGGACUUUAAUCUGAAAAACUUAAACCAUCAAAACAGCAUUCCACAUUUUAUAUACAGUCUGAGGUUUUAAUACGUUUAACAUGAACACUUUAAAAUUGCUGACAGUUAUAAUCAGCUGUAACACAAGAACGCCAAAACAAACGAUGUGUGUAAGAAAUGUACCACCUUUAUUAUCCAGUCCACACGUCCCAUUCAAUAUGCAAUAACACAGCAAAAGCCAUUUCUAACACCAGUGAGUCUGAACUCCAGAAAUACUUAACAGUAAAUGUCAGUUUGAGACAAA